AUGAUAAAGCAAACAAAAGAUGGGGAACCAAUUUUUAUUCCACCUGCUAAAAUCUUAUAAGAAUUAAAGUAUUUGCAUAAAGAAUUGCCAGCAUUCUGCUAUUCUUGGGCCUGGGAGGCUAGAUGUGUAUGUGCUUUUGAAAAAGGAGAAUUCAUUGAAGCGAUAAAAGAGUUGAAAGUAGCUUUUGUAAUAUAAUAAAAAGUAAAUUGGCUGCUAAAAACGAUGCGAAGUAUAUGCUAAAAAGCCUAUACUUAUUGGGAAACGACUUUUUAAUGUUAGAUUAAUUUCAUAUGGGGCAUCAUCUCCAAAAAAAAUGUUCUUUGGUCCGAACCAUUUAGCUCAUGCAUUUGAUAAGCUGAUGUUUGAUUAUGUAUACAUAUUUUUGGAGACUCCUUAAAAAACAGCAAAAAAAUUGCAAUUACUAAUAUAAAAAGCUGAAAGCAUACACAAUAAUAGGUAUUUUUAAUUUUAAUGGAAGAUAAAUUGCUAGUUUUAAGGAAAGCUACAAAAUACUACUGGGGAAGGAAUAUGAGGAAUAGAACAUGGAAGAAGAAUAGAUUGAGGAUCAAGAGUGA